AUGUGGGUACUACGGUACACAGUGGACAAUGGUGAAGGAACAGAGACACAUUCGCAUUGGCUUGAUCCCAGCAAGAAAUACACUUUAGGAAGAGCAGAAAGAUCAAAUUUCCAUUUUAAAUCAUCUAAAAUAUCUAAAAAUCAUCUUGAAUUGGAAAUACUACAGAAUAAUGAAGAUUCAAAUGAACCAUCUGAUUUACAAAUCACCUUAUUAGGUUCUAGUGCUAUGAUUGGUGAUGAAAAGAUUAAUAAGAAACAUUUACCUGAAUCAGAAAGAGAAUUACCUAUUGUUAGGAAAUCAUCAAAAUCUAUACAAGUUAUAUUGGGAAGAGGUGUUCAAAUAUUACAAUUUGAUAGGAUUCCAUGGUCUUUCAAGGUCAACAGCUCAUCGGACCUAGACUUUGAUGCUUUGAGGAAGGUUGAUGUAGAAUUUACACAAAAAUUCACGUCAUAUACUACACAUUUAAUUAGUUCAAAUCUGGAUAUUUCAACAACUAGUUUAACUGCAUUAAUUAGUGGGAUACCUAUAAUUAAACCAAGUUUUUUAUCUGACAUAAUUGAUCAAAAAGAAUUAUUAACAAGCAAUUAUGAUUCAAAUAUCCCAUCUUGGAAGAAUUCUUUAACAAGUUCUGAAACUGAAGUACGACAUGAAAGAUUAUCAAUUUUUUCCAAAAUUAAAUUUAUAUUUGGUGAUUUAUCUCAAAAACAAUCCAUUGGUGGGAUAUUAGAAACUGGUGGUGCUUCGUGUUUAUUAUUUGAUAUAACCCAGAAUUCAACAGCUCAAGAUCUUGUACAAUUUAUUGAAUCAUUAGAUGAUCCAGAUCAUAUUGUUCUUGUUCAAUUACAAUCUCAAGAAUCAAAUUUUUUAAAAUCUAUGAAAGAUCCAGAUUCUGAAUUCCAUCAUAAACAUAUUAUUAUGAAUGAAUGUGCUAAAAACUUGGGGAAAUAUUUAAUUACAACUGAAGAUAUUUUCAAUAGUGUUAAAGAUAUAAAUCUUGAAAUUUUGUUACGUAAAAGAAUUGUUAAAAAUCAAUCAACCACAGAUGACACUAAUGUUCAACCACCAAUCAAGAAGCAAAAAAUUGGAAGACGUGUUAAAAAAGUUAAAGCAUUAGAUAGUUUAGAUUACUUCGCUGGUGGUGGUAAAAUUGAAUCAAGUCAAAUUGAAUCACAAGCUCCAAAAGCUAAACCUGAAACACAAGUUCAAGAAACUCCAGAAGUUCAAGCAACUCCAGAUUCAAUUAAUGAUGAACAACCAAAGAAAAAGAAACAAAGAACAAGGAUUCAACCUUUAGAAAAUCAAAUGUUGGAUACAAAUUAUCAAAUGACUCCAAUACCUGAAAGUUUGAAUAGUAAUAUUGAAACUCAAAUUCCACAAGAAAAAGAAAAAGAACAAGCACCAGAAACUCAAGAACCUAAAUCAAAACCUGGAACUAAACCUAAUAACUCCACACUUGAUCAAAAACCGCCAAUAAGACAAAAAUCAUUUCAUACAGCUGUAUUAGAUGCCAAAAGAUCAGCAACAGAACGUAUAAACACUCAAUUCGGUCAUGAUGGGGCAGAUACAAUGGAUACAGUGGAACAAUUAAAAGACCUUGCAAUAGUGGAAGUGAUUGACAUACCAUUACGUCAAAACAAAUCAAUUAAUGAUAAUGAUCAAAAUAAUAAUAAUCCUCAAUGGAAAGGUAGGAAAAAUUUUAAAAAUUUUAUUAAAAAUACUAAAAAAAUUAAUAAAUUUAAAGAUCAAAGUUUUUUAAUUACAAGAGAAUUCAUAACAAUGAAUGAAUAUGAUCCAAAGAGGCAAGAUGUUAGAUAUAAACAAGAUUUAGAAUUUUUAAAAGGUAUUAAUCCCAAUAAUCAAGAACAACAUGAUGAUGAAGAAGAAGAACACCGGAAAAAUACAUUUUCAUUUAAGAAUGAUACAUUAAGACAACCAACAUUAAUUGAUAAUCAUUCAUUACAACAACCUACAAUAUCCAAGAAUAAAUUAUUUGUUGAUAAUGAUGAUUCAGACGAUGAAAAUUCUAAUGAUGGAUUAAAUAUGAAUAUAAGAAAAGAUUAUAUAAAUGAUGUACCUGAAUUUAGAAGACAAUUGGAUAAAGAACCUAAUGAAAUUGAAAAACAAAAUAAUGCAAUUGAAUCAAGUCAACCAAUUCCUAUUGAAGAAUCUGAUGAUGAUAUUCAAUUUCAACCUCAAAAUCAACAUCAAGAUGAAAGUGAUUCAGAUGAUGAUGAUGAUGAAACACCAAAAUUUAAAUUCAGAAGAUAG